CAGGCAGCCGAUAGCAUCGUAUCGAGCCUUCGCAGUUCUUCCGUGACUCCAUACCUCGGUUUUCACCCCGCUAACCAGGUUAACUCGUUAUCCUGUCAAUAACUAAGCAACGUCGAGCGGUUCCUGGUCCGGGCAAUAUUCUAUAUUCACUUCGGCCGUGGCAGGGUCACAUCGCUAUUUUAUCCCGAGAGUCAUACGGAAAUAUUCCCUUCAUCGCAGGUUUCCACGUCUCAGGUUAUUAAAGGGGGCCUGUUGUCUGGGUUUGUGAAGUCUGCGGUUCGUUUGCACGUUGGUUGUCAAACAUAUGUACUGGUCUGACGUGUAUGGGUGUGCUCUAGUUAGUUAUUUGCCUUCUAUAACUAUCUCCAGUCUCUCCACGGGUUACAGGCUACGAUCUAGAUCGAUCAAUCGCUUGAUAACGCCUCAUCCUACCUUAUCUUCGCCAGCGAAUACCCUCUAGCGUACAAGCGACGGUGGCAGCUCGGAGACCGUUUUCCCCUCGAAGCGAGCCAGCAGUUGACUAACUAGUUAACGGGACCGUCCUUGAUCUCUCCGUAUAAGAUCGUAUACUCCAGGCCAACCUCCGUAUCAGCACCGCACCUCCUAGAUCGUCACCCGGUAGCUCGAUAAUGACGUCCACCAUGUCUGUACACAGCAUCGAAGAGGACGAAAGUGACCACAAUGCUGCCGUUGAGCCGUUCGAGGGGGAAGACGAAGAUGCCAACGGCGAGCCCGGACUGGACCUGCAGGCCGACAAGGAGCAAUUGAUGCAUGAUGAGACAAUAGACAACUUCCUUGCACCCCUCGCCGUCAACGAUGCCCGCCUGUACCAGCUGGGAUGCCGCUUCUCCCAGCUGUACCUCGAACUCGCGCGCACUUCUGACCAGCAAUUCUUACCCACGCCCGUGACCCGGCUGCCAAACGGCCAGGAGACGGGACGAUACCUAGCCAUAGACGUUGGUGGGAGCAAUCUCAGGGUCGCCUUUAUCGAACUACUCGGUGCUGCCGCCGACGACCUGGAAAACAGCAGCGCCAGCAGCAGCAACGGGCAUCCGGGCAGCGAAACCGUCUCCAACAAGGAAAAGUCACGUGAUACACUCCGGAAGGCGCAGAGGCAUCGGGUGCGCCGGACGCUGGAGAAAGCAUGGCCGAUAGCUGAGCAUCUCAAGAUGGACAAGGCCGAGGAUCUCUUCCUAUGGAUUGGGGACUGCAUGGCCGAGGUGGUAGCAGACAGCCUAGCUACCGAUGCGGACAUCCAGGCUGCCCCUGAGGAGCUUGAGAUGGGCAUCACCUUCAGUUUUCCCAUGAUGCAAGAUUCGCUGGCAGAGGCUACGUUGAUGCCCAUGGGCAAAGGCUUCGCAAUCACAUCGGAUCUAAACCUGGGUAAGAUAUUACUGGCGGGCUAUGACAGACAUACCCGACGUCCAUACGGCUCUGAUGAACCCUCUACCAAACGACGGAGGAGAUUCCCACUACCAAAACUGAAAAUUGCAGCCAUCACCAACGAUACAGUUGCUACUCUUGCUUCACUGGCCUACAUGGUUAAGUCUCUACCCAACAGCCGAGUUGCCAUGGGUCUCAUCGUGGGGACAGGAUGCAAUGCCACAAUACCAAUGAAACUGACAGAUCUACACGAGUCUAAGGCUAAAUGUGUCUCCGCACAGCAGCCUGAUGCGACAGAGACAGUGGUCAACACAGAGUUCACCCUUGGCGGCGCAGCUCCCCCCUUACGAGAGCUGAAGUUCACUACCAAAUGGGAUGUUCAACUCGACGAGCAGUGUGCUCGACCUGGAUUUCAGCCAUUUGAGUAUAUGACUGGAGGACGAUACAUUGGCGAACUAGUCAGGCUCGUUUUCUACGACUAUCUAACAUCAGUGCUCAAGCUGUCGCCUAAGUCACUACCCGCGAAUCUCAUACAAGGGUACGCUCUAUCGACUGGCUACCUAUCCAAUCACAUAGCCCCCACGCAUACCGACCAGGAUCUAGUAGCAAAGCUCAAAUCUACCCUACCUCCCCCGGAAUCAAGCAGCUGGAACUGGGACAUCUACACUGCCCGGGCAUUCCGGAAAACAGCCAGGAUAGUACAGACACGCUCUGCAGGACUCGUUGCAGCAGCUGUUGUCGGUCUUCUAGCAUGUCAAAAGGAGAUUCAACUACGCUCUGAUGGUGCUACUAACCCUAGACGAUCUACCAAUAUUAUAGUCCCGUCGUUUAACAAUUCAACAGAUACCAUCACAAGCGUGUAUAGACCCGCAUCUACCACGCCACAGGACCCUUCUACCCCGGGAAUGGACUCGCCGCCGUCCGGUUGGCAAUCUGGCCCUGAGGAGUUGGUGGUUGCUUACACCGGCGGUAUUAUCCAACACUACCCAAAUUUCAAGGAGACGUGCCAGGGCUUCAUCGACCGUCUUGUUAUAUGGGACGGCCCACAGGAGAGUGGUAAAUCUGUGUUUCUCCGAGAAGCUUCUGACGGAGGCAUCAUUGGUGCAGGUGUCUUGGCUGGCAUGGUAUCAAGUGCAUGAGCGUAUGUUCUUGGUUGUCUACUUUCUUUUCUUGUCCCCUGAAACGUCCAUGCUUUACGACUUACAACUUGAAAUGUCUUGAUGUCUCUUUCCCACGAUAUACAUUAUUAUGUUUCUUUUCAACGAAAUGGAAAAAAUAGAUAGGUUGGGGUUGACAUAUGUUUGCCUUGCUCGUUUGCAAUAAAGCGAUAUUAACCACAAGUUAAUACUACCUGCUUGGUUAUCUAUCAAUUGGAGACCCCCUUGAAAUGGCUGAAAAAGACUGAAGACUGGCCAAUUUAGGCUCAGUUAUCCCGAAAUACUGUGAUUUCUAGUUCCUAUCUGGUCUAGAAAGUUA